AAAUGUUUGCGCUGCAAUCGCUCUCCCUCGACCACAACCUCCUCACAGGCACCAUCCCCGAUGCCAUUGGCGAGCUGACUAGCCUGACGAUGCUGGACCUCGGCUGGAACCGCCUGCAUGGCCCCCUGCCCAACAUCACGCGGCUGACCGGGCUGAGCAGGCUCUACCUGGACCACAACUACCUCAACGGGACGGUGGAGGAGCUCAGUGAGCUGACAAGGCUGGAGGAGGUGGACAUCAGCAACAACGACUUCGAGGGGGACCUGCAAGCCCCCCUCCUCGGCCUGCCCCUCCUCCAGUCCGCCUACUUCCACGCCAACCCCAAGGCUAGCCUGCACGCGCAAUUCUCUCCUCUCAUUGCUGGUCUCUCAGCCCAGUACGCCAACAACCUGGGGCGAACAAGCAGCUCAGCUCUCGUGCAGGACAAGGCCGCUCUGCUCGACCUUUACCAGAGCAGCGGGGGAGGCGGCUGG